GUAGAUUUUAUGUUAAAACAAAAAACAAAUAAUAUUAUAAAUAAUUUAUUUAGUUAAUUUUUCAUAUUGUAAAUUAUUAACAAUAAGUUAAAAGAUGUCUGAAGUUACGGGAUUUAAAAAGCGUGUAAUAAAACGAAAUCAAGGAACCAGGAGACGCAAAAGUAGCUCCUCUGAAGAAUCAUUAAGCGAUCAAGAUUCAGCUGUUAAAAAGAAUCCCGUGAAAAUCCGCAGACCAAAUCCAAAUGUACAAGAAACAAACAAAUUUAAAAGUGAACAGCGAACAGAACAAAAUUUAAGUACAAGUAGCGGCGAUGAAGAUUCUGUAGUAGUAACUUAUAAAUCUAAUAAAACAGCUCUUCCCAAUGGACCGUCUGAUCAAGGUGCCACAUCAACUUUGCAAAUUGAAACAGAACUUGAUAAAGAUGCACAAGCUAUUUAUGAAAAAAGUAUAGCUAUUAAUAACGAAUUAGCUGGCAAGGCUGAUGACAAAAUAUACCGAGGUUUAAAUAAUUAUGCACAAUAUUACAAGAAAAGAGACCGCGCUGCUGGCAAUGCAAGUUCUGGUAUGGUUCGCAAAGGACCAAUAAGAGCUCCUGCACAUUUAAGAGCAACUGUCCGAUGGGAUUAUCAGCCUGAUAUUUGUAAGGAUUACAAAGAGACAGGAUUUUGUGGCUUUGGAGAUAGUUGUAAAUUUUUGCAUGACAGAGGUGAUUAUAAACAUGGGUGGCAAUUAGAAUUAGAAACCGAAAAUGGAAACAAAAUUGAUGAAGAUGAUAGUAAAUGGGAAAUCCAUGACGAUGAAGAAGAUUUUCCAUUUAAAUGCUUUAUAUGUCGAGAGAGCUUUACAAACCCUGUAGUAACUAAGUGCAAGCAUUAUUUCUGUGAGAAAUGUGCACUGAACAAUUUUAAGAAAUCUACAAGAUGUUAUAUUUGUAACAUGCAAACAGAGGGAAUGUUCAACCCGGCACGUGAACUUAUAGCAAAACUCAAUGCACAGAAAAAUAACCAGGAAUCUGAUGUAGAUUCAGAUUCAAAUUAAUUGAUGUAAAGCUUCAAAGCCUUAUUAAACAGAAUUAACAAGUACAAAAAAUAAUAUUUUAUUACCUAGAUGAUUAAUAAAUGUUUCAUUAUAGGAUCCAUAGAUAGGAUCAAUAAAUUUACUAUUAUAUAAUACAUUAUUAAAAUCUAUGGGCAUUAGGUUA